AUAGUUACUGAGUUUAGCGUUUGGUCUGUAUCACGUGCCUUCGUUGCUUAGCGCGUGGUUUCUUGGACGGGAGGAUCCGUAAGACCUGAGAAAGUUUUGCAACACUGAGCCCUGCCUCACGUCUGAGGCAGUUUUAUCCUACAUACUACUCCUUCAGUUGGGCUUGGAUUUUGGAACGCAUUGUCUCUUAAACAUAUUAAUUUAAGGGUCAGAGGGUAUCGACUGAACUAGUUUUUAAUCAGUUCCGAUACAAAUCCUAGUCUGCAGUAUAUUUUGACGCAAUGCGUCGGAAGCAUCUUUGAUGAAAUUUUCAAUCAUCACCGAGCUCCUGGAGAGUUUGGAGAGAUUUGAGACGCAUCCGAAGCCAGUCUCGAAGUCGGAAAAAGAGCGUUCAAAACGCGUCGCAUUUGAAUCAUGGUUUCGUAAAUACCAGACCGAGCUCAGUCCUCACGAGAUCGACCUGGGUGCGAUUUUGUCGACUUUGCUGCCGCAUAAGCGCUCUGAUCGAGUAUAUGCUAUUCAGCAGGAGACAUUGGUAAGGCUGGUACCUCGUAUUUUCGGCUUUGGAGUCGCCAAUACCAGAUCUCUUCAAUCCUUUCGGGAGCCUGGCAAAGGCGAUCUCGGCAACUCAGUCCAGAGGGUCCUUGCUCAAUUCGAUUCCUCGUCUCGUCCUGGAUCUGGCCCUCUUAUGCUUCGCGAAGUAGACAAGGCUCUUACCGAAAUCGCUUCCCAACAACCACAUUCUAGUCCACGUAUUCGAGCAUUAGCGCUUGAAGAAUCUCAAAGACGGGACAGGCAAACUAUUCUUAAUCCCUUGUUCAAAAAGGCAUACUCAAAGGAUGCUAAAUGGCUUGUCAGACUUAUACUCAAGGACUUUUCUCCUGUCUUGAUGGACGAGCCAUUGAUACUCAAGUGUUUCCAUUUCCUCCUUCCUGGCUUGAUGAAAUUCCAAGACGAUCUGUUGGAAGCAACACGCUUCCUGAAAGAAUCCCUCGGCCAUGUCCCAGCUUGUCCAAGUGAUCGAGAACGCAAGUCCAUCAUGCAAAUAGUCGAUCGACAGCUUCAGCCUGUGCUAGGCGUCAAGGUUGGGAGGCCAAACUUUCAUAAGGCACGCUCAGUAAAACACUGUCUGCAACUCGCUCGUGGUCACAAGUGGGUGGUUGAGCGCAAGUAUGAUGGCGAAUAUUGCGAAAUCCACGUCGACUUGGCUACAAAGGAGAACAUGAUUCAAAUUUUUUCGAAAAGCGGAAAGGACUCCACAAAAGAUCGCCAUAAGCUUCACGCAACCAUUAUGGAAAGUCUUCAAAUCGGAACGCAACGAUGCGCCUUUCAACAGCGCUGUAUAGUAUUGGGCGAAAUGGUCGUUUAUGACGACAGAGAAGACAGGAUCGCCGACUUUGACAAGAUACGAAAACAUAUAAGGCGUUCUGGACGCCUGAUUGGUACAAGUGCCGAUUCGCAAUGCCACCCUUGGGAACAUCUCAAAAUUGUCUAUUUCGAUGUCCUUGUUAUAGAUGACAACUUUACACUCAGUCUCCCGUAUCUAGAACGGCGACGCAUACUUUCAACAAUGGUCAAGCUACGGCAUGGGCGAGCCGCGAGAGCAGAAAGAGUGACUGUAGACUUCUCCGAUCCAUGUGCUGAGCGGCGCGUACUUGAACACUUUGCAAUAGCACGAUACCGAGGUCAUGAAGGACUAAUUCUAAAGCCAGCAGAUGCGCCAUAUAUAUCUCUUGGGCGGUCAAGUCAUGGCGGCGAAACAAACGCAACUUCUCCUCGAUAUUUCAUCAAGAUGAAAGCAGACUAUAUGGAAGAGCUAGGUGGUGGUCGAGACGUUGCUGACUUUGCCAUCAUCGGAGCACGCUACAAUCCGCAACAGGCUCAAAAGUCUUCAAUGCGGAAUCUUCGGUGGACUACGUUCUACUUGGGCUGUCUCGUCAACACGAAGUCUGUGUUACAAUGUAACUCCAAGCCAAGAUAUAGAAUCGUUGGUAUGAUCUCACAGGACCAUUGUAUACCAGAUGCGGUCUUGAAAAGCAUAAAUAUACAUGGUAGCUUUGUUGCAGAUGAGUUCACACAAACUCAUUUUAAGAGUGAGUCGCCAUUUGAGAUUGAAUAUAUUCACAACAGUAACCUACUGCCUAUGAGCCACUAUUUCAAGGAGCCUAUGGUCGUUGAAGUUCUUGGGAGCGGCUUCGUCAAGAUGCCGAAUGAGAGCAUCUAUAUGCUGAGACAUCCUCGUAUGCUAAAACAUCAUCUGGAUCGAUCAUGGGAGGACACAGUCAGCUUGGACGAUCUUCAAACCAUGGCCGAAGAGGCUCACAGUCUACCGAUACCAAGUCAAGAAGAGAUCAAUAAGACCUCUCAGAGGUACAGAGAUUUGAUCAAUGCGAUCAAGGCCAAAGAGUCACAGAGGACGAAUGAUUCCCUAAAAAUAGCGCAAGAAACGACACCAAGGUCGAUUGAGUCUGUCAUGUCGACUCCCAUGAUAGCGCGGACCAGGAGAAGCCCCAGAUCUGGACGAACACAACCGCUGCUUGUACGCAUUGAUACAGGCGAUCGUGUCCAGCCGAUUGAAGCCUUCGCUUCAUCAUACUCGACCACAGACAUGCCAGAGCUUGGGAUCGCCAGACUGGGACCAACAGACAAUACCAACUCGUCAGCAUUACGAGAGAUCAACAUUCAUAGUUCGUCAAUCACGCUGAACACAGUAGCGAAAGAUGCCAUACCUUCCAGUAGAUUUACAAAUUAUGACUCACUACCAACACCGCCCUCCACAGAGGAGGCUCUGCGAAAGGUCUCAGACAUGCCACAAUGUGGAAAGACCAGUACAGCCGUGGUUGAGCUGCCCUUGGUCAAAGCAGAAGAAGUGGUCUCUCAACCACCUCAACAGUCAUACAAGAAGAAACGAUCCCGGUCACGCCAAGGUAUAUUCGACCCGGCACCUGUCCACGCCUGGUUAGAUGCAAGGUCUCCAGGAGAAUGCUGUUCAUCUGCUUUACCGAAACGUCGAAAGCAUAGUGCCCCUACGACUCCAGAUCCAAGUAGAUGUCCAGCAACAAUUUCUUCAGGCGAAGCAGCGCAGGUUGUUGCUGGCCCACCCUCUGAGUUGCGAUCUGUUAAAGGCUUUGGAGCAAGGCCAGCUCUAAUCUCAGCUACAUCAAUGCCGGCACCGGCUAGGGAGCUUGAGAUAGUGCAUCUCCGGCGCACGUUAUCCUAUCACAUAGAGGAGAGCGCGAGAGCGUUAAAAAAACUACAAGCCCUGGAAAGUGACUCGGAGACAUGAACUCUAAAUUUCAGAAUCAUUUCUGCUGUUCAAAUCACCGUCAGCCCAAAAGAAACGUCUUUGGCCCUAACUUCUAGCACACCGUCUAUGGAAGAGAGUUCUAUACUAGCCAUUCUGUGAAGGUCUUCAUAUACGGUCCACUGUCAUCGACGCUCAUGCGCUGGCAGUAGCGGCACAUAAGAAGUCCACAGCGUUAUCAAAAUGGGGACUAGAGGUGAUUCACUCGUUUGACACAGCGUUCAA